AUGGCUGAUGGGGGAGGGAGCCUCGCCGGAUCCGGUGAGGGAGCCCCGCCGGCGUCCUCACCCGCGUCGCCGCCGGCCAUCGCAGCCUCUCGGAUGAAGGAGAGGGAGAGGCUCGCGGCCCGCCCACCGACACCGUGGCUGCUGCUACUCCCCGUGCCGCCGCGGAUGAAGGCUCGGGAGGGGCGGCUCAGGUGGGAGGUGGUCGUGGUCGUCGGAUCUGAGGGCUCGCUCGAGCUCGAGCUCGAGCUCGGCUCGUUGACAGCCCUCUCCCCCUCAGGGCUCAGGGCUUCAGGCUCAUCUCUGUUUCUUCCCCUUUCCCUUCUCUCUGACUCUCUCCUCCCUUGGUCUUCCUCCCCUGGCGGCGACGACUGGGCGAGCGGCGGCGCCAUCCGUCACGCCUUCGCCCAGCCCUUUGCCGGCGAAGAGCAUCCACCAGAUCCGCUGUACCGCCAGCAAGGAGGCCUCGCAAUCCCCUCCGGAGCAGCAAGGCAACAAGCUGUUGGAAUAUGGACCAACAUGGCAGGGAUGACCAUGAAGGGGUCCAUGUUGUUGGAUUUGAAGUCCCACCUUCACCGGAUGCUAGCUACAACAACCCUGUUCCUGGAAAUGAAGAUGAAGGUCGGGAGCCCCCGUUGGUCCCUCCUCAUCUCCAGCAUACCCUUCUGAGCUUCCCACCAAGCCAAGAUGAAUCGAGCCCCCUACCUCAACCCCAGACCGUGGUGCUCAACCACCUUUACAUCGAGAAAGAGAACACAAGAUCCGUGGUUGCUUUGGGGAUCACACACCGGUUCAGGGCGAAGUUUGUGACAGUUGUUCUUUACAAGCCAGUGCUGAGGCGGUAGGGUGUGGCUAUUCUGCGCCUUGCUCCUGCCUCCGUUUCUCUGCUCAGGAAUGGUAAUUAAACACGCUUGGGUUGCGACCCACCCGAACAAAUAGAACCCCCUCUCCUGUUGUAGUUGUGCAGAUUCUGCAGAAACAGAAGAACCCCCAGUUGUAGUCGGUGCAGAAACAUGCAAGAAAUCUAGGCUGCCCGUCAUUUUAGAAUGAUUAGCCUUGUACUUAAUUGGCUGUUGGUGGUGGCAAUGAUGGUCCUGUUGUAGUUAUGAUCCGCGCAGCUUAACUCUGUUGUGUCGUUGACAAAAUAGUGAGAAUCUGUGUGGUGAUAUGUAUGUGUGCGUGACUGAAACUUUCGCCCCCGAUAUGGUUUCUGGUCCUGUUUAGUUGGUGAAAAGUUGUUGAUUUU